AUGUCGACAACGACAGAGACUGAGCUGCGGGUUGUGCCUCGCGCCGAUCCUCUCGAUACAUAUGAUGAUCGCGACGGGCGGCGCGCAACAGCAACUGACGUGCCGGAGGCAGGACUGUCGCCUGAACCGGCCCCUUCGAAUGUCGCCAUAUCAAUUUCCAGCUCUGUCCCAGAUGGAGGAUACGGAUGGGUCAUUGUGACAGCUUGUGCGAUUGUGACGUUCUGGUUUAACGGCAUGAUGGGCAGUUGGGGGGUGAUUCAAGCAGCACUCCUCCAGUCCCAAUUACCGAGCACGUCGACUUCAACCGUCUCGUUUGUGGGGACACUUGGACUGGCCUGCGCGGUUGCAUUUGGCGUAUUUGGCGUCCGUCUGAUACGGCUGCUGGGCGCGCGAACAACGGCCUUGGUAGGCGUCCUCCUCAUUUCCUUGAGCGAGGUGUCCUCCAGCUUCACCACGUCCAACAUCGGCGGACUUUUCGGCACAUCAGGGGUCCUCUUCGGUCUGGGCGCCUGUCUAUGCUACUCUAUCUCCAACACGAUGCCGACGCAAUACUUUGCGGCCAAACUGGGGUUGGCAUCUGGCAUUGUCAAACUGGGCGGCGGCAUCGGAGCUGCCGUACUAAGUGUGGUCAUUGAUAAACUCAUCGCUCGCGUAGGCAUAGCAUGGACAUUCCGCAUCCUAGGGCUUAGCACGCUCGCCACGGCCGGACCUGCCGCCUGGUUCAUUUGCGAACGCGUCCCCAACAGCAACAGCGGCCGUGUCCCUUUCUUGGAUCUCUCCAUGUUCCGCCAUUUGCCAUUCACCGCCGUCUUCUGUGCCGGCGCGGUGGGCACUUUUGCACUGUUCGUCCCACCGUUUUUCCUGCCUCUUGUUGCGCAGAGCGUCGGUCUGGGUUCCAGCACUGGCGCCGCCCUCGUCGCCGGGUUCAACUCGUGUACGGCCGUCGGGCGAUUCUUGGCCGGUUGGCUGAGUGACGCCAUUGGGCCCGUGAACAUGUUCCUGGCCACAAUGCUGCUCAAUGCCGUCAGCAUGCUGGCCAUCUGGCCUGUGUCUGACUCCCUAGGGCCGCUCAUUGUGUUUUCCAUGUUGAACGGGCUGGCGAACGGGGCGUUUUUUACCGUCUAUCCCGUCGUCGUGGCCAGUACUGCUAUUGGGAUGAGAAACCAUACUGGUGGUGGUGGUGGUGGUGCAAACAGCCCCGUCGCCGCAGUCGCCAUGAGCAUGGCCAUCACCGGCUGGACAGGCGGGUAUCUCAUGGGCGUGCCUAUUGCAGGAUAUUUACUUCAAGCAUCCGGUGUGGGUGGUGGUGGUGUUAGUGCAGGCAUGACAGACAAUAACAAAGCAGCCGCCGCCGCCAACAGUGCCCAUUCGAUCGACCCGUACCGACCCGCCAUCUUCUACGCUGGAGGCGUCGCCCUUGCCGCCGCGGGGUUUGUGUUGGUCGCAAGGCUGAAGAUGGGUCAGGGGGUCAAGAAAAAGGUGUAA